GUGACUAGUUCGUUGAUUAAUUCCCAUCUUCUUCGUCUUCUUCUUCUUCUUCUUCAAAAAAAAAGAUAUAAAAAUGUCAAACAAAUCUGCAAGUCUAAAGUCUAGAAGUCUCAAUUCAAAAUUCUGAGAUCCGUCUAAAGAGAAAAAAUCGAACCCAAUUGAGAAUCGAAGUCUCAAAUUAUCAUGCAAUUAAAGCCCUUAAACACCUUCACAAUAACUCUGAUGUUUUUCUUCACAUUCUUAUUUCUCUUCUUCUCAGGCUUCCUCGAAUUCCCAUCCGUUUCGACCUCAAUUAACGCACGGCGGCACGUGGAUCCAAGCUUUCCCCCUCCUAAAUCCACGCCGGAGCCCUUCACCGACGUGUUAAGUGCGUUCAAGAAAUGGGACUCUCAAGUAGGUUGCGCCCAAUUCAGAGAGAAAUACAGGAAUCAAACCGGGUCGAAGUCAGUUUCUAGUGGGUCGGGUUCGUUGCAAGAAGAUGGCGAGGGAAAGUGUGAUGGGUUGAAAAUGGAGCACGUUAGUCUUCUUGUUAAAGGUUGGACUUGGAUUCCUGAUAAUUUGGAUAAUUUGUAUUCUUGUCGAUGUGGGUUGAGUUGUUUGUGGACUAAAUCUUCGGUUCUUGCUGAUAAACCUGACGCCUUGUUGUUUGAGACCACCACACCUCCGAUUCAGAGACGCAACGGCGAUCCACUUCGUGUAUACAUGGAUCUUGAGGCUGGUAGGAAGCGGUCUGGUCUUGAGGAUAUAUUUAUUAGUUAUCAUGCCAAAGAUGAUGUACAGUCAACUUAUGCUGGUGCACUCUUUCACAAUGGUCGAAAUUAUCAGGUGUCAUCUGACAAGAACAAUGAUACACUUGUUUAUUGGUCUUCAUCACGCUGUCUUCCUCAAAGAAAUCGGCUGGCCAAAAAUCUCCUCAGCUUGCUGCCUCACCAUUCGUUUGGCAAAUGCUUGAACAAUGUCGGUGGCCCAGACAUGGCCCUUUCGCUCUAUCCUGAAUGCAACAAUGAUGCCAGUGUCCAGCCAAGAUGGUGGGAUCAUUUACAUUGUGCCAUGUCUCACUACAAGUUUGUACUUGCUAUUGAGAACACCGUGACCGAGAGUUACGUGACAGAGAAGCUAUUUUACGCUCUAGAUUCUGGUUCAGUUCCCAUCUAUUUUGGUGCCCCAAAUGUUUGGGAUUUUGUCCCACCACACUCAAUAAUAGAUGGAAGUAAAUUCAGAUCUUUGGAAAAAUUGGCUUCUUAUGUCAAGGCCCUAGCUAAUGACCCUGUGGCGUAUGCAGAGUACCAUGCAUGGCGAAGAUGCGGUGUUAUGGGUAACUAUGGGAAGGCUCGUGCAGCAAGCCUUGACACGUUGCCUUGCCGGCUGUGUGAGGCCAUUAGCAGAAAAGGUGGGAGAAAUGCAAGAGCUAAGUGAAUUUUUGCCUAUUUGUAUUUCAUUUGGGUUGCUUCUGAUGGUAGAAUGAUUGUUGCUGGAAGGUGUAUACAGGCUUAGAUUGAGAGGAUGUACACAGAAAAGAUUAAAAGAAUACAAAAACUAACAUAUUCAUAUAAACUGUUGAAAUUGCAUUUCUUUGGAGGAUGAAACAGGAGAAAGU